UGGCGUUCUUGUUCAUGUUUGCUUUACGUCAAUGGCCAAGAGUGAAUACUGGGCAUCGCAGCUUUCUGCUGGGAUUGCGACUGUUUGUGCAGUCUUGGAGGCGACCACCCUGAAAUGUUGGGGCAAUGCUGACUACCAGAAACUUCCUGGGCAGUGGGGAGAUGAAAGUGGAGAGAUGGGAACUAGUCUCCCAAGCAUUGAUCUUGGUGCAGCUGUUCAUGAUGUGGCCGUGUCUCGUCACAUUUGUGCUCUACUAAGCGAUGGUGCUCUCAAGUGUUGGGGAAGGAAUGGCAAGGGCCAGUGUGGGGCCGGGCAUUCCAACACGGUGGCAACAUCGAGUGCAGUGACAGUGGAUCUGGGGACUGGUCGCUUCGCGACACAGGUUGCAGUGGGUGAUUCACACGCAUGCGCUCUCUUGGACGAUGGUACAGUGAAGUGCUGGGGAGGCAACGGUCAAGGCCAGUUAGGCACAGAAAACACCGAUGACAUCGGUAACCUCCCCGGGCAGAUGGGAGACAAUUUGGCACCGAUCAACCUGGGAUCAGGGCGCACUGCACGACAAGUCGUGACGGGUGGCAAGUUCACGUGUGCUUUGUUGGACAAUGACAGCGUGAAAUGCUGGGGUCGCAACCACAAGGGCCAGCUGGGGUUGGGCAUCACCGACGAGACCUGGGGAGGAGCAGUCAAUCAAAUGGGAGAUUUACUGCCAGCGGUGUCUCUGGGAGUGGGGCGAAUUGCCAAGCAGAUUUCGGCUGGCACGUAUCAUGCGUGUGCAAUCUUGGAUGAUGACUCCGCCAAGUGCUGGGGAUACAACAACGUAGGACAGCUAGGUCAAGGUCACCAGAAUGAUAUUGGCGCUGAUCCGCAAGAGAUGGGCGAUUUCUUGAGUCCCAUCAACUUGGGUCAAGCAGUUCUACAGAUGUCUGCUGGCGAAAGUCAUACCUGCGCUGUGCUAUUGGAUCAGUCCUUGAAGUGCUGGGGUGGAAAUGCUGAAGGCCAGCUGGGAUUGGGAGAUCAAGCUGACAGAGGCGGCGCCAGCGAGAUGGCGAACUUGCCCUCGGUGGAUGUGGGUACCGGGCUAACAGUUCAAUCGGUCUCGUGCUCGGUUGACGGCACUUGUGUGCUGCUGAACGAAGACCACUCCAUCAAAUGCUGGGGUGCAAACUCCUUUGGCCAACUCGGCCAAGGAGAUAUAAACAGUCGUGGCACUGUCGCUGGUGAAAUGGGCGAUGCUCUUCUGGCCGUGGAUUUGGGCAUGCCUACAAGUACCUCUACCACCGCCACAACCACAACGCCUAUUUCCACCAGCUAUACAACCACAGUGCCCACAAUUACCGAGACAGCCACAACAAGAACGUCAUCCAGCAGCACUACGCGGAGUGACACAUCGAGCAGCCUCAGCACGACGAGUACAGCCAGCACUAUAUCCACCUUGAAUACAGCAACCCGAACAACCCAGCCAGGAGUGACUAGCAUAUCCAGCACUGCCAGCUCAUCAAGCACUGCCAGCUCGUUGAGCGGUACAAGCACAUCCAGCACAUCCAGCACCGCAACCAGCCCGACAAGCGGCAACACUCAGACCUUUAUAUUCACAUCCUCUUCCACGUUCUUCACUUCCACCUCAAGCUCCCUUCAAGCUCUGACUUCCACUUCCCCUUCUACCACUUCCAGCUUCUCUAGAAUUUUGACUUCCACUUCUACCUCCAACACUGUCACUCCAACCACCAAUGACUUGCUACCCGAAACACCCUUGGAAGAUGCUGUCGUAUCAUCUUCAUUCAGCACCGCGUCAUCCACAGAGGAAUCCCGAGCUCGAGUUGUGAUCACCGAGGAAGAAUUUGAGGCCCUGGAGGAGGAACGCAAGGCCGAAGCGACACAAGUAGUCCAGGAGCUGGAAACUGCAGAGACCGCAGCAGUGACGCAGUUGCUUACAGAAAUUCUGCUGGACGAACCUGCUGAAGCUGCUGGAGCCGUCUUGGGCCAAGGAUCCAAGGAGACAGGCGGCGGUGUGAUGAAGAUGGUGGCAGUCUCCCCUGAGGAACGAAAUCGGACAAAAAAACAGAAACAGACCACAGGAGCGGUCCACGCCGAAGUGCCCGCAGAAGUGGUCCAGUUGGCUUCUCAAUUGGCUGGUGCCACGGGUGGCACGAGCGGAUCGGAGACGUCGUCGAUUUUGAUCACCCUCACGGAGCUGUCGAACGACGUGGCAGACAAGCUCCGCAGUGAUAAUGCCAGGAUCACUGCGCAGGGCCGAAGACUGGCUUCGAGCCUGAAGACACUUCCGAUUAGUAUGAAGCUGCGGACUUCAGAGGGUGAGGAGCUUAGAAUCAGCGGUCUAAACCAAGCCAUCGUUUUCGCGUUGCCUAUCGACAAUGACACGACUGAUGUGGUGACCUGUGCAUUUUGGGAUGAGGAACUGGCAAUUUGGUCCACUGAGGGCGUCAGCACCUUGCCAAGUACCACGCCUGGGAAGGUUUUGUGUUCCACCACACAUCUAUCCAUCUUCGGUGGUGUCUUCGAAGUGUUGGUGGGGGACAUGGCGCAAGUCCUUCGCUGUAGCACUGCGUUCGUGGUCUUCUCCGCUGAGGGACUUCUGAAUUUGUUCAAGACUGAAUGGCUCUGGCAAGGUCCUUCGCUGGUGACCUUUUCUUUGCUGUUGCUCUUCACUCUGUUCUUCUUGAUAUCGCUGCGGAUGGACAGAAAAGACAGCAGAUAUUUCCCCGACAAAGACAAGGAAGCAGCGUUCUGGCCAUUGAAGGAACCAAACAAAGAAGAAGAAGGAGAUGAUCUCGAGAGCGCACAGCUCGACGAGGAGAAAGGGAAAACGUGCUGUAGCGGUGGUUGCAAAGAGAGCAUACAGUCUGGUUGCGAAUGGCUCCUGUGGUGCGUCGGGCUGCUCUUUGGAUUCGAAAACCUCGCUGAAGUUGUGAAGGAGCUACUUCCAAAUGCUGCCGUGGGUGUGGUGGACCGCUGCAUCGAACAGAUCCAUGCGCACAAGACAGGCACCUCGAGAGACAGCCUUCAUGCAGUCGGUGACAUCACCAAAGUCUUGGCUGGAGAAGACAGGAUUGAUUCAAGUCAACCGACGCAUUCGGUUCAAGCCAAGCGGCAGAGCCUCACGGAGACCGAGAUCAACAAUCAGUGGAAAUGGGCAGUGGAUACAUUUUUGUCCAGUUCGCAAGGCUUCGCUUGCUGUUUCCAGCCCUGCAUCCUUGGGCGGAGAAUACAAGAAUCAGUAUUUUCACUUCACAUACCACUCGGACAACGCUGAUUCUCAUGAAGCUGAUCAGUGCUGCGGCCGCCGCUGCCUUAUUCUUCUCCAGCGAAGCAGAGACACCAGACUCCGACCCUGAGUGUGAGCAGCCAGAGGAACUGUGGAGGGAGAUGGUCCAGAAUGUCACGGUGGGCGUUUUGUCCGCCUUCCUCGGCGAUGCUGUGAGUUUCUUUUUGUUUUUCGUGCAACUGCGUCAGCCGAAGCCGGAAGUUGAGUGGACAGACGAAUUGAAAGAGAACUAUCGCAGAAGAUGGCGGUGCAGAAGUGUGGUUUUCUGGAGCAUCUCCACAGUUCACAUUGGCACAUGCCUGUUGUAUUGCCUGAGCUUCCUUGCCAAUGUCUCAGUUGAAGAUGCGGCUGAAUGGCUGGAGAGUUGUGGUGUGACAUUGCUUCAGGAUCUGAUCAUUUUGCCUUUGCUAAUGGCAUUGGUACUCGCAAGCCUUGCAACCCUUGCAGUCACAUGCAGCCGGAAAGUGCACAGAAGCUACUGGAUUCCGGAGGAUAUUGGGGAUGCGCCGGAUGCUCCGGAUCUGGAGGGCCCCCAGUGCAUUGGCUUCACCGCCCCCACUGAGGACGACUGGCUUGUAGCCCAAAUUCCUCGAGCAACAGAGGAAGAUCAAUCAGAUCGAUCAGAUGAGGAUUCAGAAGGCCCGGUGAUUGUCAAAAACGUUGAUAGUGAUUCCUGUGAUUCCUGUGCUGGGAGCCUCAUACAAGAGAGCAUUAUCACCGAGAUUCGUGUUUGAGCCUGAGCGUUUCAAUAUAUAAGUGUUUGUGUUCAGUCUGUACAGUCUUAAUUUGAGCUGCAAGCUGCAAACUUUUUCUUGAACAAGAAGGUAUUUGCAGCAUUUUGCAGCCGCUUUUGCUUUUUUACAGUUUGAAACAUUUUGAAGCAGUGGCAGCAGUGGUUCAGACUUUCUCGACCCAACGAGGUACC